GUAAGUUACCAUUGUGUUUUGGUCGGCGUUCUAAAUCAUUACGAAAAAAGGAGGAGAGAGUGCAACAGGUUGUUUGCUUUAUUGCUGAUCAUCCCAUGCUGGUAUCAAAAUUAAAGGAAAAAUGGCUAACAAAAGAUGGCAAAACUGUUGAUCUUGAAAAACAAGCGCGAAUAUUGCGCUUUCUACAGAGAAUAACGCCUAUUAUAACAUUCUUAUUAUUCUUUGCUGGAACUAUUUGGAUACUUGUUUUGCCACAUGAAAAGUACAACAAAGGCACCUAUAUAUCUGAAAAUGCGCUUCUUCCUGGACAGGCUAAUGUUGAAUAUGGAUACAAUGACAUUCGAACCGCAGAGGAUUACGUGCAAAAGUUGAUUGGAAUUCAAGACAAGGAUAGCGAGACACGAGCACAGUUCAUACACGAAGAGUUUAGACAAUCAGGGUUUGUAUCGGCCAUACAACGAUUUGAUAUGGAUACCGUUGGACAUAAUGCAAAAGGCACCAAUAUAUUCGCCAUACAUAAAGCUCCAAGAAGUGAUGGUAAAGAGGCAUUGAUUCUCAGCGCAUCAUGGAUCUCAAGGACAGGAGAAUUUAACACCAAUGGUAUUGCAGCACUAUUAUCUCUAGCAAGAUUGUUUAAACGAAAUGUAUAUUGGGCAAAGGACAUCAUCUUGUUGAUAACAGACCAAGGCAAAGUAGGAACACAGGCGUGGUUGAAUGCGUAUCAUGGUAUUGACAAAAAAGAUGAAAUAUCAGCUAUUGUAAUGCCCAGGUCUGGAGCGAUUCAGGGUGUCAUCAAUCUCGAUUUCCCUGGUACACAAGAUUAUGAAACACUUGGUAUCUUUUUUGAAGGAGUGAACGGCCAGCUACCAAACCUGGACUUGAUCAAUACCAUUGUGGCAGUUGCGGAGAGAAUAAGUCCACCUAUAUCAGUGACACUUCAUGAUGAUACAAGUUAUCCAUUCGCUAAUCACAAGUAUGGCACGUAUUUUCGUUCCUUAUUCUAUAUGUUACAGAGCAUGAAAUACUUGGUGUUUGGACAUCCUUCAAGUGACGCCGGUCUUUAUCUAAGAUAUAGGAUAGAUGCUGUUACUAUUUAUGGUAUUGUGGGAUCGACUCAUCUAAAUAAUCUAUUCGGAUUUGGUCGUAUCGGAAGACUAGUGGAAUCCACGUUUCGCAGCUUAAAUAACUUGUUGGAACAUUUUCAUCAAUCAUUUUUUUUCUAUCUGCUGCCCUCACCUCAUCGUUAUGUGUCCAUCAGCCAAUACAUGCCGCCUGCUAUUUUGUUUGCUUGUGCAUUCAUAUAUCAAAUAUCCUUUUCAUCAUAUAAUACAAGAUAGACCCUAAUCUGUUCUAUAUUACCCUUAACCAAAUGCUUACUCUCUAGUUCUUUACCAUUUAGGCACUAUUCCAGUAACAUUCAACGUAUCAGAAAAGGAUAAAAGCCUCUUACCUGCGUAUUCAACCAAGACGUACCAUCAUUUAUUUGCCAUCACUGUUCUAACCAUCACGCAUGCAGUUGGUAUUCUCAUCUUUGGUAUCAUACAGCCAUCAUUGAGUCGAGG